GCGGGGAGAAGAUACCACCAGCAAAAUGCCCGACAUCAAGGAGAAUGUGCCCGCAAAAGAACCUGGCAGCGGCUCCUGCGAGCCCGAGUCCUCAGAACCGACCCAGGAAGACGAGAACAGCUCCCAGGACAACCCUUCGCUACUUUCAGUUUCAGAUCUGACAGAGACGAUCAAUGAAGUUUCCAAGAUGAGCAGUGAGAUUGGAUUGAAUCGUGAUUUCCAUGGGGAGGAAAAUUUGCCUUCAAAUAGGUCUUCAGAAGAGGGAGGAAAGGAUGCGACCCUUUCACGAGGCAGACCAUUUGCAAAGAUGGGCAAGAAGAAGGAAGAGCUGAGACAGCUCAGUGGUCGUUCGGAAGGCAAGGUCAAGGAGACAAUGCACAAUGACUUUUGGGACCAUCUUAAGGAACAGCUAACAGCUACUCCCCCUGACUUCAGUUGUGCUCUCGAACUUCUGAAAGAAAUCAAAGAGAUCUUGCUGUCACUGCUGUUACCGCGUCAGAACCGCCUGAGAAGUGAGAUCGAAGAGGCUCUGGACAUGGAGUUGAUCAAGCAGGAAGCAGAACACGGAGCCCUGGACGUCCCUUACCUUUCAAAGUACAUCCUCAACAUGAUGACUCUGCUGUGCGCUCCAGUCCGGGAUGAAGCCGUACAGAAGCUCGAGAACAUCACCGACCCCGUUCGGUUACUGAGAGGGAUCUUCCAGGUCCUGGGCCUGAUGAAGAUGGACAUGGUGAACUACACCAUCCAGAGCCUACAGCCACACCUCCAGGAGCACUCCAUUCAGCUGGAGCGGGCCAAAUUCCAGGAACAGCUCAACAAGCAGCCCAGUCUCUUGGACCACACCACCAAGUGGCUGACGCAAGCAGCGGCCGACCUGUCCACUCCACCCUCCGCGGCCCUUGACCCGCCUGACUCCUCCAACGUGGCGGGCCCUGCGCCAAGUGAGGCGGCCAGCAACUCGGAGCCCCUGAGCCCCACGAUGGUGCUGUCCCAGGGCUUCCUGAACCUCCUUCUCUGGGACCCUGAAAACGAAGAGUUCCCCGAGACCCUGCUGAUGGACAGAACCCGGCUGCAGGACCUCGAGUCCCAGUUGCACCAGUUGACCAUCCUGGCCUCGGUCCUGCUCGUGGCCAGCAGUUUCUCUGGCAGCGUUUUGUUUGGUUCGCCCCAGUUUGUGGAUAAACUGAAACGCAUCACCAAGUCCCUGAUGGAGGAAUUUAAGACCAGGCCUGAGGAGGCUAUGAAGACUGUGAGCGAGCAGGUGUCUCAAGAAAUCCACCAAAGCCUCAAGACCAUGGGCCUGGCUGCGCUGAGCAGUGAGAACACGUCCUCUCUGACAGGGCAGCUCGAGAACAUCGCCAAGAAGGAGAACUGCGUCCGCAGCGUCAUUGAUCAGCGGAUCCACUUGUUUCUCAAGUGCUGUUUGGUUCUUGGAGUGCAGCGAUCUCUGUUGGACCUUCCCGGAGGCCUCACCCUCAUUGAGGCAGAGCUGGCGGAACUGGGCCAGAAGUUUGUGAACCUGACACAUCACAACCAGCAGGUGUUCGGCCCCUACUACACGGAGAUCCUCAAGACCCUCGUCUCCCCCACUCAGGCCCUGAGCGCCAAAGUGGAAUCUCUCUGAUAGCACCAGCUCAGAGCCCUGGCAUAUUGGACUCAGGAGAAGGCCAUCAUCUUCCUGGGUAACGUCACCUUGACUGGCAGGGCAGCGAGGCCCGACCCCCACAGCCAGUAUGCCAGGGCUGAAGGGACUAGCAAGUGAAUGCCAACUGGUCCAAACCCAUUCACCAAUGAACAUUCAAGCUGCAAAGUAAAAGAAAAGAAAAACAAAAACAACCCUCCACUCUUCCUGUGCUUCAGCUGAGGUCGGGCCCCGGCCCUCAGCCCAGAGCUAGCUGAGAAGUCAACAGGCCCCAUGUCCCCUUCUUUGGCCUUAGGUCCCCUUUAAGCCUGUGCAGCUGAGCAUCCAAGACACUAGGUCCUAGCAUUAGUUUCUCUUAAGGUGAAGCAUUUCUCUGAGAACUCCCAUGGAAUUAUCCAAGAUGUGAGUCUAAGGACUUCUCGGCCGCCUUUGUUUUGUCCAGCUCAGAUGGGCAGAGGGCAUGGUUGGAAGCAGUUAGGAAGCUCAUGGUCAGGACUAGAUUCCCCUGAAGGUUUCGGAUGAUCCCCGAAGUAAAGGAACAGGAAAAGCCUCAGCUUCGUCUUGAGUCGCAGUUGCAGACUGGCAGCUGGAUGCCCCUGGGCGCUGGGGACAGGGCUCAGCACUCACCGGUCCUCCCAGGUUGUCGGGGUUCAGCUGGGGCCUUUAGGUCAGUUUUCCUGGUCCUGUUCUCUAGCCCAGUGAGUCUCCUGCUCCAUCUCUGAGCUUAGCACACCUCUCUUCAGACAGAGGGAUGAUUGUGCUCAGGGCGCGCGGGCUUCCCUCCAGCUCCCCUCUGUGCUCUGGGAGGGGCUCCUUGUCACUGAUAGACACCGGUGGGGAAGGUUCUAGAAAGACCUGCUUCUCUUGGACUGUAGGUUUCCAACCCAUGGUUUUCAGGCCGACUGAACAGAGCAGCCCCAGCAGAGUGUGGUUGAGAUGAGGCAGGUGUGAUCCAGAUGCGAUCUCUUUGUAGUGGACAAGAGAACAUGAAGGUGCACUAGGGGGCCUUCUCAAGGGGCGGGAAGAUCAGCAACACUCGCAGCGAAGUUCAACACGGAGAAGUUCUAGAUCUAGGGCUCUCCCCUAAUGGAGGCCCUUUGCUAGAGGAUAGAGGCUGGGGGGUGACCAGAAAGCUGGGGGCGUGGAUCAUCCCAAGUUUCCAGUCUCCCACCUGCACAGCCUCAGGACAGGGGAGCCAGAAAAGGUGAGGUGUUGAAUAACAGUGAGGCCUGGUGAACUGGAUUCUCUGGUUUGCAACCAUCUGAUUUUUAAGCCGUCCACAUUUUGGAAGCCUCAGAGUCUUAGAGGCAGGGGUGCUCUUGAGGGAUUCCCGUGGGGAAGAGCGCGGGCUGUGGCGCGAUGCCGGGCUGCAGUAGAACCUGACUUUGUACUCAAUCAUUAAAAUCUGGAAUAAUCAACUGA